AAGUCACCACAACUAUUCCUUUUUAAGUCUAUUGUAAAAUGGGUCUAAAGUCUGUGUUGUCUGCCCAAAUAGAAGUGAAAGCUAAUAAGGAUGUGUUUCAUGAUGUUUAUAGACAUACGCCACACCACAUCUCUACUAUGUGCCCUUCACAUAUACAUAGUUGUGAGCUUAUUGGUGGUGUCUUUGAAACUGUUGGCUCCAAACUUUUUUGGAUGUAUAACCUUGGUAACAAAAAGGAGAAAAAGCAUUCCAAGAAGAUAAUUGAAGCUAUAGAUGACGGAAAAAAUAUGAUCACAUUCAAAGAAUUUGAAGGAGAUUUAGUGGAUAAAUAUGAUAAUGGGAAGGCAACUCUUCAUAUCGAGCAAAAAGAUGAAAUUGAUUUGGUAUGUUGGACAAUAGAGUAUGAAAGGCCAAAUGAUAAUGCUCCUGAACUAAUAAAUUUGUUGGACUUCAUUGUUGAUAUGACCAAAGCUAUUGAUGAUCACUAUGUUAAGAUAAAUUAA